AUGGCGUCUGGCCAUGCCAAGGCCGUGCAGCCCAGCACCGACCUGGCUGCCCAGUUGCAGCAGCUGGCGGUGAGGCAGCACGUGGAUCAGGGGCGGCGGCACCUGGGCAAGGCCAGCCUGCUCUACACCUUCCAGGAGGCCGCCGACAUCGAUGGGGAGACCAUUUACAGGAUCGGGCUGGAGGGCCUGGACCAGCUGUGCGCCCUGGACGGCCGCUUCCAGGCCUACCGCCGCACGCUGUUCGGGCAGGCGAGCCAGGCGCUGGACCGGGAUGCCGCCACCCAGGAGGUCAACGCCCGGCUGGACGCGGCGGUGGCGGGCUUCUGCGCCCUGCUGUCUUCCUACUUCCUGCUGGCCCCUGCGUUCAAGGCACUGGAGUUCCUCGUGCGCCAGUACAAGGUGCACGAGCGUAACGUGGACGACCUGAUGGCGGCGGCGCUGCCAUACCACGAGACCGAGCAGUUUGUGCGGCUGGUGCAGGUCCUGCGGCUGGAGCCGCGCGGGCGCUGGGCCUUCCUGGAGCCGAUGCAGGCCAGCGUGCUGGUGACGGAGACGAGCCGCUCCGCCUCCCCAGCCCUGCUGGGAUCAGCCGUCAUCCUGCUGGCGCACCUGGCCAACAGCCAGCAGCACCUGGCCACGCUGCCGCCGCAGGCCUUCAGGCACCUCGCAAAGGUGGCGGGCCUGGUGGACCACCUGUCUGCGCUCAGCGCCAAGGGCUGCCGCAUCGAGGCGCUACUGGUACUGCUUGUACGGGCAGCUGCCGAGCAGCUGCCCGCGCACCCGCACUACGAGGCCCUGCUUCAGGCGCUGCUGAGCCGCUCACAGAUGGGCGGCGCCGCCCGCGUACUGGCGGAUGCCAUCCUGCAGCAGGCGGCGGAGGCGGCUCCAGGUGCUGCGGAGGGAGGCGGGGAGGAGGAGGGAGGCGGGGAGCAGGGAGGAGGGGGCGCGGCGGCGGCCCGCGGCGUCCUGCUGCGCCUGCUGCGCUCCCUGGACCUGCGCUACCCGGCAGCGCUGGAUGCGGCGGUGGAUGCGGCGCUGCGCGCUGCGGCAGGCGGCGGUGCUGGUCCAGCCGCCAGUACCGGCGCCGCUGAUGAUACUGCCGGCGACCAGCAGCAGGGGCAGCCGGCCGGGGAGGCCGAGCGGCGGCGGCGGCAGCUGCUGGGCGUGCUGGGCGAGGCGUUUGACGGUACCGCGCGCGGCCCGCUGGCGGAGGCCGGCACUACGGUACUGCUCGCGGCCGAGGCGCCCUCCGCCGCCGUGCGGCAGAUGGCGGUCCAGCGCCUGGACACGCUGCUGUCCUCCUCCUCCCUGGCGGCGGGCGGUACCGGUGGUACCGCCGGCGAGGCCGCCGCCGCCGCGGGCGCCGCCCUGCUGCGCCGCCUGCUCGACGACUGCCCCGCGGUGGCGCUGGCCGCGCUGGGCGCCGCCUCGCUGCUGCGCCUGCCGCCGGCCGCCGUCAUGGAUGGGCUGGAGGCCUGCUUUGACCGAGCAAUGGCGCAGGCCGGCGACCGCGCGCUGCGCAAAGCACAGCGUGCCGAGGCGCGCGGCGUCGCUCGCAAGGUGCUCAAGCUGGCGGCCGGACCACUGCUCGAGGCUGCCCCUGCGCUGGCCCCCCGCGUGCUGCCGCUGGUGCUGGCCGGCCUGCUGGUCAACCAGGCAUGCGGGCGCCGGCGCCGCGGCAGCGGCGGCGGCGGCGCACACAAGGGCGACAGGGCGGGCCUGGAGGCGGCGGCGGUGGCGGGCUCGGCGGCGGUGGCGCAGCGGCGGCAGCAGCUGGCGGCCCAGCGGCGGGCGUGGCGGCAGGGGCGGGAGGGGCAGGCAGAGGAGGCCGCCGGCGGUUCCACGGCAGGAGUGGCGGCGGCGGUACAUGCGGUACCGGCCAGCGAGAGGUGCGCAGCCGCCCUGGAGCUGCUGCUGUGGAAGGACGGCGUGGCGCAGCUGCACCUGGCGGUGCCGGCGGUACAUGCGGUACUGCGGCAGCUGCUGGGCCAGCUGGCCGCAGCCGAGGGGCAGCAGCAGCAGCAGCAGGAGGAGGAGGAGGAGGAGGCAGAGGCGGCACUUGGCGGCAGCCUGCCUGCAGCAGAAGCCAUCUACCUGCUGCAGCUCUGCCUGUCGGUGCUGCUCCGCAUCGCCCAGCACCAGCGCCAGCACCACCCCUUGCAAGCGGCAUCCCAGCAGCCCGCCCCCAGCCCCGCCCCAGCCAAGCCCAAGGGCAGAGGGCGCAAGCCGGCCGCCACCGCCACGGCUGCAGCAGCAGCUGCUGCACAGCAGGGGCAGCAGGGCGGCGAGGCGGCGGCGGCGUUUGACCUGGCUCUGGCGGUGCGGGGGGCGCGGGUGGCGCCGGACGGCGCCGUGCGCAACGCGGCGCUGGAGCUGGUUGCCGAGCUAGCGGCGGGCAUGCCUGAGGUAAGCGGCUUCUGCCUGGCUGCCGCCCUGCUGCACUGGCGCAUGUGUUGGAGGUGGUGGCGGUGGUGGGCGCCUCGGUGCAACUCCAGGAGGAUGAGCAGUCGGAGCGGGUGA